GAGAACGAAGGCUACCAAGAGAGAAUCAAAAGCGGAGGUGAGUUCUCCUGAGAGUGGGGAACAGGGUUGUUAUUAUUAUCUUUUUUUCCCCACGGUCACGUACGGAUCAAAGUAAUAAUAAUACUGAUUUAUCAGGCAUCUCGUACCAAACACUUCGCCACGUUUAUUGCGCUCUCUGUCUGCAUGCCUCCAGCAUGACUGUAGGAUAAUCCACGUCGACGUUUUCUCUGAUAAAAAUAGUAAUUCUCCGUCUAAUUGCAAGGAUCUUUUCAUCUUGAUUUUGUGCUUGCGUAGCACAAGCAAGAUUUCAUUAGUAGUCGACUACAAAGGAAAAAAAAAACGAGAGGAGGGAAGCAUGGCGCUCAACUUUUCAAAAGCCUCGACCCAAUUUGUGCGCAACUUAGUCGAGCUCGGUGUGUGCGAGAACACCGACUGCCUCAAUGCGUAUCAUCCGCCGGCGGGAGCACAAAACAGGAGCGUAGGCACGGCGCAGCGCCUUCAGUCGCUUUCCGCCGCUGCUGCCGCUCCCUCGACACGGCCGGUGAUUCCGAUCGACGUUCCUCGUUGGGUUCACGCCCUCGACAGCGACGACUUCCCCAUGACGGAAGUGUGCCAUCAGCUGAGCAGCUCGGACUUUCAGGUACGCCAGCCCCUCGAGCGUUUCAUCGACGAGCUCUUCACAAACGUCUCGCGGCGCUACUCCGUGCAGCUUGAGACACUGGUGCGUGCGCUGCGUCUGCUGGAGCGGGUGCAAAUGACGAACAUCCGCCUGCACCAGCAGGUUCUUCUUUCCCAGUCUAGCCUCCUCAGCAGUCACAGCAGCAACGUUGGCAGCUUCGGCAGCGGAGGCAACUCCCUCAGCGGAGCGGGCGUUGGCUCGACGACGGCGACGCUGCAGCUGCGUAAUGAAGGGACAACGCAAGGGAACACUCUGGUGCUCUCUGCAGGGUUGCCCUCGGCUUCCGCCGGCAUCGCCUCUUCUGCGAUCCCCUGCUCGCCUUCCUGUCGUCCCCGCAGCGGUAAUGUCGGCGGCUUCUGUGGCACUCAUCUGCAUUCCUUCGCGCACGGGUCGCUCUUUGACGGCAGCUCGGUCUCCUCCGGAACCGUCGGCCCACUAACAGACAUGGAGCAGCUCAGCUACGGCAGAUGCAGCGGCGGUGAUGCCACGCAGGCGUUCGUGCUCGCGAGUUGGUGCCUGCCGACAACGCCGCCGUGCGAGUCACCUGUGCCGAACGCAGUAGACCUCCCUUUUCUGAUGAGCCGCCUGCACCUCUGCGCGGCGUGCGCCGGCUCGCGAGUGUUUACGCUUCAGUACUACAACGUGCACCUCCUUCUCGCGGCGUGCCUCGCACUGAGCAUCAGCAUCAACGAGAUCGGAGUGAUGGAGGGCAUGACGGAGGAUGCGCUGAUGCACCACGUGGCGGAGAUGAGCCACUGCACCGACCUGCCCCUCCAAGUCGCUGCGCGGGUGGUGUGUGAGACACUGGAGGGGGAGCUGUGCGUGUUUAACAGCGAAGUGGACGCACUCAUUCAUCGCCUCAACGUCGUCGAAACGUGUGUUUUCGCCACGGACAGCGCCUGA